CUGGCCCUGUCCAUUCCCUCUCUAGAGGGAUCGACGUCCGGAGGCUGGAGGCCAAAGGCUGCCCAGGCAAGUGGCCACUUCAGAGGCAGAACCGCGGCCUCGAGCCGCAACACUGUCGGUGAAAAAUUUACGCCCUGGGACCGCAGGAUUCCCGAAACAAUAAAGGAACUAAUCUGGACUUGGUCCUUUAAUAUAAAUAGGAAAAGAAUACUGAGGGUGACUAUCUUCCCCGCCCACCCUCUCUCUCUCUUCUCCCCACAGAGCCCCCGCGUCCAUUCCACAGCCUGAUUUACUAAGGGAGUCAUGUGUAAUAGGCGAGGGGGUAAAGCCACUGAUUGCAAUCAUUGUAACUUGCUAAAUCAAAAGGACGUAUUUACAUAUAAUUUGCAUGUACUUAUAGAAGUACGCAGUAAGUGCGCUCCUCCUCUAACAAGGUACCCCCGCCCACCUGCCGCUUUUUGCUCUAAGCCCGGAGCCCCUGCCACCUUAUCCACCAAAAUUUACUUCCCUUUCGGCUCCUUAAGCCUGGCAAAUUCGACCUCUUAGGUACGCCUUCCAAAGAUUAGCCCCUCCUUCCACCGGUAGGCUCUUCCUCUCCUCCUCUCCUCCUUCUCCUGCUUCCAAACAUCUGUUCCCCGCCCCCUUUUCUAUUUCUAAACAGGCAUGUUCCAGGCAGCUCACUGGACUCAUUGGAUUACUAUGGGGUCGGUAGGGUCCUGAGCGUCGGAGAAGCAGGAAAGCACAUCCCAAGAAAAAAGUCUGGGGCUUGAAAGAGUCAGGCCGUGCUGGGAAUAUUUUUGGGGGGGUGGAUCUUGGUUGUGCGGAGGGAGGAAGAGGAGGUUGUGUGGCCCGGUCGAACUUGAAGCAGCGCGAAGGCCCCUUCAGGCGGUGCCGAGGGCAGCCCCGCAGCCGGGGCCUGGUGCAGCCGCCGCGGCCGCUGUCAGGGAAGCGCAGGCGGCCAAUGGAACCCAGGAGCGGCCGCUGCUGCUGAGGCGGGGGUGUCGGCAGCCCGACCCCGACCGCCCGCACCCCCUCCGCGGGGGUCCCCCGAAGGAUCAGCUAAACCUUGAACUAAGAAGAAAAUGUGUUGGGAGGAGUGGGAGCCUCAGCUGUCUCACUCAGGCUUUUCUGGACAUAAGGGUGUUUCUGAACGAUGGAGCAAAUUUUGAAGAAGUCCCUAUCAGAUUACACUUUGUUGACUACUCAGGAUCAGCCACUAGGAGGGAUGAACAGUCCUGCAUGGAAACUGAAUGAGCUUGGAAGCUUGAAGUCUGGCUGUGGCCAUGGGAGACACAGUAGUGGAGCCUGCCCCUCUGAAGCCAACUUCUGAGCCCACUCCUGGCCCACCAGGAAAUAAUGGGGGCUCCUUACUAAGCGUCAUCACAGAGGGGGUCGGGGAACUAUCAGUGAUUGACCCUGAGGUGGCCCAAAAGGCCUGCCAGGAGGUGCUGGAGAAGGUCAAGCUUUUGCACGGAAGUGUGGCCAUCUCUAGCAGAGGCACUCCACUGGAAUUGGUCAAUGGGGAUGGUGUGGACAGUGAGAUCCGCUGCCUGGACGAUCCUCCUGCCCAGAUAAGAGAGGAGGAAGAUGAGAUGGGAGCCACUGUGGUCUCAGGCACAGCCAAGGGAGCAAGAAGGCGGCGGCAGAACAACUCAGCCAAACAGUCUUGGCUGCUGAGGCUGUUUGAGUCAAAACUGUUUGACAUCUCCAUGGCCAUCUCAUACCUGUAUAACUCCAAGGAGCCUGGAGUGCAAGCCUACAUUGGCAACCGGCUCUUCUACUUUCGCAAUGAGGAUGUGGACUUCUAUCUGCCGCAGUUGCUUAACAUGUACAUCCACAUGGAUGAGGAUGUGGGUGAUGCCAUCAAGCCCUACAUAGUCCACCGUUGCCGCCAGAGCAUUAACUUUUCCCUCCAGUGUGCUCUGUUGCUCGGGGCCUACUCUUCAGACAUGCACAUUUCCACUCAACGACACUCCCGCGGGACCAAGCUACGGAAGCUGAUCCUCUCAGAUGAGCUGAAGCCAGCUCACCGAAAGAGGGAGCUGCCCUCCUUGAGUCCAGCCCCUGACACAGGGCUGUCUCCCUCUAAAAGGACUCACCAGCGCUCUAAGUCAGAUGCCACUGCCAGUAUAAGUCUCAGCAGCAACCUGAAACGAACAGCCAGCAACCCCAAAGUGGAGAAUGAGGAUGAGGAGCUCUCUUCCAGCAACGAGAGUAUUGAUAAUUCAUUCAGUUCCCCUGUCAGACUGGCUCCUGAGCGAGAAUUCAUCAAGUCCCUGAUGGCAAUCGGCAAGCGGUUAGCCACGCUCCCCACCAAGGAGCAGAAAACACAGCGGCUGAUCUCAGAGCUCUCCCUGCUCAACCAUAAGCUCCCUGCACGAGUCUGGCUGCCCACUGCUGGCUUUGACCACCACGUGGUCCGUGUGCCCCACACACAGGCUGUUGUCCUCAAUUCCAAGGACAAGGCUCCCUACCUGAUCUAUGUGGAAGUCCUUGAAUGUGAAAACUUCGACACCACCAAUGUCCCUGCCCGGAUCCCCGAGAACCGAAUCCGAAGCACGCGGUCCGUAGAGAACCUGCCUGAAUGCGGUAUCACCCAUGAGCAGCGGGCAGGCAGCUUCAGCACUGUGCCCAACUAUGACAACGAUGAUGAGGCCUGGUCAGUGGAUGACAUAGGCGAGCUGCAGGUGGAGCUCCCUGAAGUGCACACUAACAGCUGUGACAACAUCUCCCAGUUCUCUGUGGACAGCAUCACCAGCCAAGAGAGCAAGGAGCCUGUGUUCAUUGCAGCAGGGGACAUCCGACGACGCCUUUCGGAGCAGCUGGCUCACACACCCACAGCCUUCAAACGGGACCCAGAAGACCCUUCUGCAGUUGCUCUCAAGGAGCCCUGGCAGGAGAAAGUGCGGCGGAUCAGAGAGGGCUCCCCCUAUGGCCAUCUCCCCAAUUGGCGGCUUCUGUCUGUCAUUGUCAAAUGUGGGGAUGAUCUUCGUCAGGAACUGCUGGCCUUCCAGGUGUUGAAGCAACUACAGUCCAUUUGGGAACAGGAACGAGUACCCCUGUGGAUCAAGCCAUACAAGAUUCUUGUGAUUUCGGCCGACAGUGGCAUGAUUGAACCGGUGGUCAAUGCUGUGUCUAUCCACCAGGUGAAGAAACAGUCACAGCUCUCCUUGCUUGAUUACUUCCUGCAGGAGCAUGGCAGUUACACGACUGAGGCAUUCCUCAGUGCCCAGCGUAAUUUUGUGCAAAGUUGCGCUGGCUACUGCUUGGUCUGCUACCUGCUACAAGUCAAGGACAGACACAACGGGAACAUCCUUCUGGACGCAGAAGGCCAUAUCAUCCACAUCGACUUCGGCUUCAUCCUGUCCAGCUCACCACGAAACCUGGGCUUUGAGACGUCAGCCUUUAAGCUGACCACAGAGUUUGUGGAUGUCAUGGGCGGCCUGGAUGGUGACAUGUUUAACUACUACAAGAUGUUGAUGCUGCAGGGGCUGAUUGCUGCUCGGAAACACAUGGACAAGGUGGUGCAGAUUGUGGAGAUCAUGCAGCAAGGUUCCCAGCUUCCUUGCUUCCAUGGCUCCAGCACCAUCCGCAACCUGAAGGAGAGGUUCCACAUGAGCAUGACUGAGGAGCAGCUUCAGCUGCUGGUGGAGCAGAUGGUGGAUGGCAGCAUGCGGUCUAUCACUACCAAACUCUACGACGGCUUCCAGUACCUCACCAAUGGCAUCAUGUGACACCCUUUCUCAGGCCCCAGAAUAGUGGGGCAUUCAGGGGACCCUCCCUGGGAGAAAUUCCAAACCAGGAAAACCCGCCCACCCAUCCAUCCCCCCAAGGGAAAUGGAAGGCAAGAAAUGCAAAGGAUCAUGUGGUGACAGUAGAGCUUGCCAGGGGGUGGGAGAGCCAGCUGCGGGGCCCAGACUUGCUGGGGCUUCCCUGCCCCCAGCAGUGUCAGUAUUACCACCUGACAGACGCCAGGACUCACUGCCUCCAGAGAGCAGAGGUGAUCAGUCUGAGGAUGCUGGGCCUUUAUUCUCACCAGGGUCCGAGGUUCUUUCUACAGGCCAUCUUCUUCAUCUGUUCUGGGUCCCAGAAAGGGAGGGAAGAGAGGCUUCUUGGUACUUAGGACCUGAUCCUGUGGUUCACCUUCGGCCAUGCUGCUGCCUGACUGUCCCCUCCCAGGGACUGACUCCUGCCCCGAGUUCCCCUUGGUGGGCGGGCCCUGUCCUUGCAGAGGUUCCCUGUCAGAGGCUGGAAAGGGUUACCACAGCCCCUCCAGUACAAGGGUAUUGGCCUAGCUGCAGGGAAUUCCUUGCCCUGAUCCCUUCCCCACAUCCAGGGAAAUAGCUCUCAAUUUUUUAUUUUUAAUUUUUGUUUGAAAUAAAGUCCUUAGUUAGCCACCUGUGUAA